AAUCACUAAUAUUUUUUUUCAUUAACAGAUGCUGGAGCCUUUGGGAAGUCCCACAACAUUCCAGAUGAUGCUGGGUGGUGAUGUCAUGAAGCUGGAGAAUGGACAGUCGAAGCUCGGUCUGCCUCCCCUCAACCUCGAGCAACAGGAGGCACUGCAGAAGGCAAAGAAGUAUGCGAUGGAGCAGAGCAUCAAGAGUGUAUUAGUGAAACAGACCAUCGCUCACCAGCAACAGCAGCUGACUAAUCUGCAGACACUGGGUUCCUUUCGAAAAUGGGCAUGCUGGGAACUGUUCGAUUGUCUCGACUCCAAAGAUCAGAUGGCAGCACAGAGACAGCGAGCGCUGGCGAUCAUGUGCCGUGUUUAUGUUGGAUCCAUUUACUAUGAACUGGGUGAAGACACCAUCCGACAGGCCUUCGCUCCUUUUGGACCCAUCAAAAGCAUCGAUAUGUCUUGGGACUCGGUCACCAUGAAACACAAGGGCUUUGCCUUUGUAGAGUAUGAGGUGCCUGAGGCAGCGCAGCUUGCUCUUGAGCAGAUGAACUCUGUUAUGCUGGGAGGUAGAAACAUCAAGGUUGGCAGACCGAGUAACAUAGGACAAGCUCAACCAAUCAUAGACCAGCUUGCAGAGGAGGCCAGGGCGUUUAACAGAAUUUAUGUUGCGUCCGUUCACCCGGACCUGUCGGAUGAUGACAUUAAAAGUGUGUUCGAGGCCUUUGGAAAGAUUAAAUCGUGCACCUUGGCCCGUGACCCCACAACGGGGAAGCACAAAGGAUAUGGAUUCAUUGAGUAUGAGAAGGCUCAGUCCUCCCAGGAUGCUGUCUCCUCCAUGAACCUGUUUGACCUGGGCGGCCAGUUCCUGCGGGUUGGUAAGGCCGUCACUCCCCCCAUGCCACUGAUGACACCUGCGGCGCCAGGAGGCCUCCCACCUGCUGCUGCCGUGGCAGCCGCUGCCGCCACAGCCAAAAUCACAGCCCAGGAGGCGGUCGCCGGUGCAGCAGUGCUGGGUGUCAGCGGACUCUCAGCCCCAGGUCUGGUGACUCCAGCCCUGACUCUAGCCCAGCCUCUGGGAGUGCUACCACAGGCUGUAAUGGCUGCCCAGGCCCCAGGAGUGAUUACAGGUGUGACACCCAGCCGCCCCACGGUGUCUCUGCCAGUGACCAUCCCACAGGUGGGCGUGGUUAAUCCCGUGCUGGCCACACCACCGGCGGUCACGGCUGCCGUGGAGGUGAAAAAGGAGGAGGAGGAGAAACUACUGGACACGGAGCGACUGGAGAUGCUGAGCGAGCAGGAGCACAUGAGCAUAUCUGGCAGCAAUGCCAGGCACAUGGUUAUGCAGAAGCUGCUUCGGAAACAGGAGUCUACAGUCAUGGUCUUACGGAACAUGGUGGGUCCCGAGGAUAUUGACGACGACCUUGAGGGAGAGGUGACGGAGGAAUGUGGCAAAUUUGGGGCCGUGAACCGUGUGAUCAUCUACCAGGAGAAACAGGGAGAGGAGGAGGACGCUGAGGUCAUUGUCAAGAUCUUUGUAGAGUUUUCCAUGGCCUCCGAGAUGCACAAAGCCAUCCAGGCGCUGAAUGGCCGGUGGUUUGGUGGCCGCAAGGUUAUCGCUGAGAUUUAUGAUCAGGAGAGGUUUGAUAACAGUGACCUCUCUGCGUGAACUCUUACGUGUUUAUUCAUACUCAUGAACUGCAGCUGAAAGCAUUCUGUAGACUUGCGACAGGCAGGCCUGGAGAUUCCGAGACCUCCCAGUCUAAUGUCUGGACCUCUCCCGACUCACGCUGGGUUGAACGCCUGGUGGGAAAAAUGGAUCCCAUGGAUUUUGACUUGAAGGGAUGAAUGUUUUUUUGCGUUGAGCACCACCGUUGCAGCACCCGAUUCCUUCCGCUUGAACCAUCAGUGGAUUGAAUGGAUACCUGCAACGGUGCAGUGUAGUUUACCCGGCUCCUCGUUGCGCAGGUGGAGCGUUAACAUGACAUUCUGAGUGCUCUGACUUGACCAGCGGUUUUGAUCCAAGGUUUUCUGUCUCUGUCUUGUCUUUUUGGGGCUGGCUGCAUGCACAGGGCCCAGCUGAGCGGAGACGUUGGGAAUUUAUUUUCCAGUGAAUAUUCUUGGCGCCGGCCUGCAAGUGUGUGAAACCUUUGGACUGCGGUGCUCAGUGGUCUGUCAGCCAUGUUUACCAGGUCCAUGAAGUCCCCCUGUAUAUAGAGAGAAGCUGGCAGAUACGGUGUUUCCAUUGUUUUACCCAUUCUUAUACACGGAACAAACCUCGCUCCACUCCGGUUGCAUUUCUUUGUGCUGUUUUUUUUAAAAAAAAUCAGUUGUCUCUUAGUGGGUGGGCAUUGUACAAUAUUCAAUUGCCUCCUUUUCUAUUAAAGAUGAACAUAUUCUA